AUGGCUACCAACGGCGACUUCUCAGACGAGGACUCGCAGCCGGGCUCGCCCCUCAUGGGCCACGAGCACGAAGACGACAUUGAGGAGCAGGAGCCUCUCGACCAGGAGGAGGACUUCGAGAAGCCUUUGAAAUCUGCUCUCAAAAACAAGGGUGCUGAUAUUCCAGUCUACGAAUACAAACGUCCAGAGCUCCCUGAGCAACCCGACCCAAACAGCGUGGACUUCGCGACAUUCACCCCCCUUACACCUGAGAUUAUUGCCCGCCAGGCUACGAUCAAUAUUGGAACUAUCGGUCACGUCGCUCACGGUAAAUCGACGGUGGUCAAGGCUAUUUCUGAAGUUCACACCAUUCGUUUCAAGAACGAGCAGGAGCGAAACAUUACCAUCAAGUUGGGUUACGCCAACGCAAAGAUUUACAAAUGUGACAACAUCGAGUGUCCCAGACCAACCUGCUACAAGAGUUACAAGAGUGAAAAGGAAGUUGAUCCUCCAUGUGAGCGUGAGGGAUGCACUGGCACAUACCGCUUGUUGCGACAUGUUUCCUUCGUUGACUGCCCCGGUCACGACAUUCUCAUGAGUACUAUGUUGUCCGGUGCCGCUGUCAUGGAUGCAGCCCUCCUUCUCAUUGCUGGAAACGAAACAUGCCCCCAACCUCAGACUUCCGAGCAUUUGGCUGCUAUUGAAAUCAUGAAAUUGAAUCACAUCAUCAUCCUGCAAAAUAAGGUCGACUUGAUGCGUGAGGAGGCUGCCCUAGCACACUACCAGUCUAUCUUGAAGUUCAUCCGAGGAACUGUGGCAGAUGGCUCGCCGAUUAUUCCAAUUUCCGCCCAGUUGAAAUACAACAUUGAUGCUGUGAACGAGCAUCUUGUGUCUCACAUCCCUGUGCCUGUUCGUGACUUUACCGCCGCUCCUCACAUGAUCAUCAUUCGUUCUUUUGAUGUCAACAAACCUGGUGCUGGCAUUGAAGAACUCAAGGGUGGUGUUGCCGGUGGUUCCAUUUUGACUGGUGUUCUCAAGUUGGACGACGAGAUUGAGAUUAGACCUGGUAUUGUCACUAGGGACGAGAACGGCAAGGUUCAGUGCCGUCCCAUUUUCUCGAAGGUUGUGUCCCUCUAUGCCGAACACAACGACCUCAAAUUCGCUGUUCCUGGUGGUUUGAUUGGUGUCGGAACCCGUAUCGACCCUACGCUUUGCCGUGCCGAUCGUUUGCUCGGUUUCGUCCUUGGUCUCCGUGGCAAGCUCCCUGCUAUUUACACUGAACUCGAAGUCAACUACUUCUUGCUUCGUCGUUUGCUCGGUGUCAAGUCCGCCGACGGCAAGCAAGCCAAGGUUGCUAAGCUCUCCAAGAAUGAAGUUCUCAUGGUCAAUAUUGGUUCCACCGCUACCGGUGCCAAGGUCGUUGGUGUCAAGGCCGAUGCUGCUAAGCUUGUUUUGACAAACCCUGCUUGUACCGAAAUCGGUGAGAAGAUUGCCAUUAGUCGUCGUAUUGAGAAACACUGGCGUUUGAUUGGUUGGGCCAACAUUGUUGCUGGAAACACUCUCGAGCCAGUCCAGGACUAA